AUGCCCCUGAAGCUGACGCUUGGCUCCCCAGCCCUGCUGCUGCUGGGAAGGGCCCCCUUCUCUCCUCACCCGCAGAAGAGACGGGUCCCAAAGCCUGCCCACAAGCUCAUCAAUGGCGGCAUCGCUGGGCUGAUCGGGGUCACCUGUGUGUUUCCCAUUGACCGCAAGACCAGGCUGCAGAACCAGCAGAAUGGCCAGCGCAUGUACACAAGCAUGUCCGACUGCCUCAUCAAGACCAUCCGCUCUGAGGGUUACUUCGGCAUGUACCGGGGAGCUGCUGUGAAUCUGACACUGGUCACCCCUGAGAAGGCCAUCAAGCUGGCAGCCAAUGACUUCUUCCGACACCAGCUCUCUAAGGAUGGGCAGAAGCUGACCCUGCUUAAGGAGAUGCUGGCUGGCUGUGGGGCGGGCACCUGCCAGGUGAUCGUGACCACCCCCAUGGAGAUGCUGAAGAUCCAGCUGCAGGACGCAGGCCGCAUUGCUGCCCAGAAGAAGAUGCUGGCUGCUCAGGCCCAGCUCUCUGCCCAGGCCGCCCAGCCCUCAGUUGAGGCUCCUGCUGCACCCCGGCCCACAGCCACCCAGUUAGCCCGUGACCUGCUGCGGAACCAUGGCAUCGCUGGCCUCUACAAGGGACUGGGGGCCACCCUGCUCAGGGACGUACCCUUCUCCGUCGUGUACUUCCCUCUCUUUGCCAACCUGAACCAGCUGGGCCGCCCCGCCUCGGAGGAAACGCCCUUCUACGUGUCCUUCCUGGCUGCUUGUGUGGCCGGCAGUGCCGCCGCCGUGGCAGUCAACCCUUGUGAUGUCAGAGCUCCCGGGCCCAGGCGGGGGAUGGUGAAGACUCGUCUUCAGUCUCUCCAGCGAGGCGUCAACGAGGACACCUACUCGGGGUUCUUGGACUGUGCCAGGAAGAUCUGGCGACAUGAGGGCCCUUCGGCGUUCCUGAAGGGUGCCUACUGUCGCGCCCUGGUCAUCGCCCCACUGUUCGGCAUUGCCCAGGUGGUCUACUUCCUGGGAAUCGCAGAGUCCCUGCUGGGGCUGCUGCGGGGCCCCCAGGCCUGAGCUCAGCGGCUGCCCCUCCCCAGUCAGUUGGCUGGGGCCUGGGUUGGGCACCAGCCCAGGACUGAGCGAGGGAAAAUCUCCCCAGCCCUGCCUGAUCAACAGGGGGUGCUGGGGAAGGGGAGCAGGGUCCACGUGGGUGGUGCACACAGAUCCCCAUGGGGGACCUGCAGGCACAACUGUUGGAUCAACGUCUUGUUUAUGUAGAAAAUGCAGAAAUCUGUACAUUCCUCGAGCCAGUCCCUGACCCAGCCUUGCCCUGGCCUGAGUGCCCCCAGGGACAGAGCUGGUCUCUGGGCUGGGGGUCCUCAGGCCUGGGGCUGGGCAGGCUGGACCCUACCCCCAGGCCCCUGGCUCCUCUCUGAGGCUCUCUUGGUCUACAAAGGGGACCUGCACAAACCUAUUUAUUGAAAUUGCUGCGCCCUUGUGGCCCUGCCUGUCCUUCCGUCCAUGGUCCGUCCCCUCUUGCUGCUCUUCUCUCGGCCAGGAUUCCACUCUGCCUCUUCCCCACAUAGCACUCGGAGCCCCCAGUUGGGGAGCCACAAUGAUUCUGGUUCCAGGACAAGCCCCCACCCCCCACCCACUGUGGCACCUUUGGUGAGCCCUCAGUCCCACCCCAGGCUAUGCCCAGGGUCUCUGUGCUUGUGGGGUGGGGAGCAGGUUUGCCUGUAGCCCUCUCCUGGCCUGUGGGGUGCUGCUGCCCCUCCCCAUGUGGCCAGGCACUGUGUGCACCCCAGGCUCUCUGCUGACCCCAUCAAGAAUUUCUCCAUCCUGUCCUCUCCUCUGAGACCAAGCUCUGGACUGAGAUGGUCAGUGGGGAGGGCAGACAAGCCUGGGGUCACCUGCUUGCUCAUGGGAGAGAGGUAGAAGCUGCCGCCCCAGCCCUCCCAGGGCCUACCCUACUCUUCAGGCAUCUGCUUAAGGCCUCUGACCACACUUGGAAAGUCCCUCCCUCCCAGCCUGGAACCCCCUGUGUUGUGAACUGAGGUGGGCUUCCUGCCCUGCCCCCAGCCAUGUGAUUGUGUUGGUGACUGAUCCUGAUGUGCUGGUGCUGUGUUCCCAAAACCUAGCCCCCUCUGUGGAGGCCCCCUUCCCAGUGACAUACCUGGGCUCAGGUCUGGGCCCCAGUCCACGGUUGCUCCUGGGAGCUCCCUCCCAUCAUGUCUGUACCUUGGAAGCUGCUGCUGCUGCUUACAGAAUUAUAUUUUUUUCUUUCUUUGAAGAGUUUUAAGAAGUUGUAACUUUUUGUGUCUUGUCAUGUAAAGUCUAAUUAAAAUAUCUAA